AUGCAGGGCAGCCUGGUGUUCGUUGCAAACCUUGCCUGUGAAACGCGCCCCGGGGAGCGGCGGCGCUUCCGAGGCGUGCAAGAAGGGGGUCGGGGGCGCGACCCCGCGUCGCCCCCCUUCCCGCGCCGCUUGCUGCUGCGGGUCCAGGACGGGCGCGCGUGCCGGAAGGAUGCCGCUCGCCGGCGCUGCGCCCGCGCAACCCGAGCGGCAGCAUCGCCAGCGCGCCGGGGCAGCGGCAGCAUCGACGGCGGCGCACAAAGGGGCGCGGGGGGCGCGCGGCUGCAGCGGGAGCUGAGCGGGAGCGCUGCCGCCGCCCGUUCGAGGAGCCCGGCGGCGGCGGCGGCGGCGGCCCGGGAUGCGGAGGGGCGGCCGGCGAGCAGGCCGGCGGAAUUAAAUGUAAAGGAAUCGGACAUGAGAUUAUGCGAUGAAUCAUCGUGUAAAUAUGGGGGUGUUUGUAAGGAAGAAGGCGAUAGCUUGAAAUGUGCAUGCCAAUUUCAGUGUCACACGAAUUAUAUUCCUGUUUGUGGCUCAAACGGAGACACUUACCAAAACGAAUGCUUCCUCAGGAGAGCCGCCUGCAAGCAUCAGAAAGAGAUAACCGUCGUGGCUCGGGGAUCUUGCUACUCAGAUAAUGGGUCUGGAUCAGGAGAAGGAGAGUAUGAAGGAUCUGGAACUGAAGUCAAUAGAAAACAUUCCAAGUGUGGGGUUUGCAAAUACAGAGCUGAGUGUGAUGAAGAUGCUGAAAAUGUUGGGUGUGUCUGCAACAUAGACUGCAGCGGCUACAGUUUUAACCCCGUUUGUGCAUCGGAUGGAAGUUCUUACAACAACCCGUGCUUUGUUCGAGAAGCUUCUUGCCUGAGACAAGAACAAAUUGAUAUCCGACACCUUGGACAUUGCUCAGUCUCAGAUGAUACGAGCUUGCUGGGGAAGAAAGAUGACAGUAUGCAGUACCGGCCAGAUGUGAAAGAUGCAAGUGAUCAAAGAGAAGAUAUCUACAUUGGAAACCACAUUCCUUGCUCAGAAAGUCUCAGUGGUUACUGCAUCCAUGGGAAAUGUGAAUUCGUUUAUUCUACACAGAAGGCUUCCUGUCGGUGUGAAUCUGGAUACACAGGACAGCACUGUGAAAAGACAGACUUUAGCAUACUUUAUGUUGUUCCGAGUAGACAAAAGCUCACACACGUUCUCAUCGCAGCAAUCAUUGGAGCAGUCCAGAUCGCCAUCAUAGUUGCCAUUGUGAUGUGCAUCACCCGGAAAUGCCCAAAGAACAACAGAGCACGGCGGCAGAAGCAAAAUCUAGGUCACUUUACGUCAGACACGUCAUCCAGAAUGGUUUAGCGCAAUUUUUAUACCCACACU